AUGGAUCGGUUAACGUUGUGUCCAUUUCUAAAUGGGUUCACGUUCUGUCCAAUUCUAAUCGGAUCUGGGUACGGAUCAUGUCCGCCAUAUUUACCGUCUCAACAAUAUUUCAUUUCGUUCAGAGUGAGAAGUCCUAAUCGCUUCGCAGUUUCACCAGACAAGACAAAUCGUAAUUGCAGUUCCCCUGAGGUGAAGCAGAGAAUGAACGUUCAGCAAGCAUUUCUUAAUAGCAUAAGAAAUGACUUCAAUCAGAACCAGUCUCGUUGUACUGUUAUUGGGGCGUUUCUCAAUCGUUAUAGUUUUUCUGGAUUUGCUUUGGAUGGCUAUUGCAGUGGACAUCUUUUGUUCCAGCAGGGUGAACCUCCAAGGGAGGUCACUUUUGCCCUUAUUGGCAAGGGUUUGGAAGUGCUGAUAGAGAUUUCGAUGAAAUCUAAGAAGUCCACCAUCGACGAACCGUAUAAUCAGAAUCCACAUGACGAUAAAUCUCCUUCAUACGAGAAUCCUUGUUAUGAUGAAGUUUAUCAAAGUAUUCCAUCCUACCCUUGGGAGCCUCAAGAAAGGAUGGUUCUUCAGCCUCAAGGCUGCAAUUGCUUCGUGAAAGAUUACAUGAAAGAGAUUUAUCGUCAUGUGGAUUCUGAUUAUACUAGUUCGUUGGUGGUGGAGCUUCUUAGAUUUCAUCGAAAUCUCUAUCAGCACUACAUUCAUGUUAAGUGCCGCAAAUGUGGAGGGGUUAGGGUUAUUAUUGAAGAAGUCGGUGCUGAUAACCUAAAAUUCACAGCUAAAGUAGUUUGUAAUACUAUUGCAGUUACUGUGGCAACAUACUACUCAACCAUCCAUUGGCGCCAGCAUAAGAUGAAGCAAACUGGUAAUCUCUCGGAGUGGAUUGGCCUUGGUUCUCUAGCAUCUGGUGAUCACCCAUUUGAUCCACACACGGAACUGUUGAAAACUGGUGGUGUUCUGGUCUUGGUGGGAUUCCCUAGUGAAGUCAAAAUCAGCUGCCAAACUCAAUAUCUCCCUGUUUUGCUUUCACUUCAUUUGUGUUCGGAGACUCUUUGGUUGAUGCAGGAAACAAUGAGUACAUGUUCACUCUCUCAAGGGCAGACUCUCCUCCUUGUGGCAUUUGAUUUUAAGCCUUCUGGUGGACACCCCACCGGUCGAUUCACAAAUGGUCGAACCAUUUCAGACAUUGUAGGAUUUGAGAAUGCAAAUGAGCCAUGUUGUGGUGGGUACUUUCCACCAUUUAUUUGCUUCAAGAGCAGUGGUACAAACAGAAGCUCUGCGUUGUGUACCGAUCGAUUGAAGUAUGUGUUCUGGUUUGCAUAUCAUCCUGCAGAAGCUGCAAAUAUGAUCAUAGCCAAGGGGUUACUUGAUGGGGAUGGAAGUGUUAGCUAUCCCAUUAACAUCCGUGAGCUUUACAACUAUAACUCCUAG